AAACAAAGGAGCCAGUCCAACGCUGGAUGGCGAACGGCGCGUUCGCGCGCGACGUCACUCGUCCUCCGCUCGAGGAAUCGCACGUCCGAGUCCGCGAGACGCCGUGAAGUUGCUGACGCGACGGAAAAAUACAUCUCGCUCGCGAAGUCGAAUGCGUAGGAGAUAACCAUCGCUCGGUUCCUGCGCGCGCGCGCGCGCGAGACGCGUGCUGUGUGUCUGUGUUUAUAUUAUAUGUGUAUGUAUCCACGGAUGUGACGUGAUCGAUUAUCAAAGGCGAUUCGCGAAGUAGAUGCGAGUAAGAUACUAGAUCAUGUAAUGAGGAGUGUUCUUCUUCCUGCUGUCAAACUCAGGACAAUUCAAGAUGUCUCGAUACGCCGAAACUGUGCCGGACGCUACACUUUCGCGAAUACAAAUGCAACAAUCUCACUCUCUUCGGUCUAAUAAAUAAUGCAAUUGUGGGCAUUAAAGUCAGAAUGCUAUAAAAAUGCCGUCGUUGCUGGAAGCGCUGGAGUUGAAAUACGGCAGCUCGACGACGGAUUGCUCGUUGACGGAUGACGAAGCGGAGUCCGGCUCACCCAAAGCCGCUCUGUCAGUUAGCAUCUUCAUCCCCAAGAAGUCGCCGCGACAUACGGUGCCUGCUCUGCUGGUGCUCCAGGACUGCGACAUCGAAUCGGCGGGCAACGAUGCCGAAAAGCUACGUAGCAAGUGCAAGAACGUCGAGGAACUGGAUCUGGCGCAGAACAAGCUGUCGCAGUGGACGGAGGUGUUCGGCAUCCUGCAACACAUGCCCAAAAUUAAGUUUGUCAAUCUUAGUUUCAACUGCCUCGCGGAGGUACUAGACGUCAAGCACGGUAACUAUGAUCAUCUGAGGAAUCUCGUGCUGAACGGCACUAGGGUGUCCUGGUCGACGGUGCAGGGACUGGUGCGGCUUCUACGGAAUCUCGAGGAGCUUCAUUUAUCGUUGAACGAAUACAAAACGGUGGACCUCGAUUAUCAGAAGCCGGAGAAUGUCAAUCCGGCGCUGAAGAAGUUGCACUUCACCGGCAAUCCAGUGGAAGUUUGGAACGAGAUCUCCAAGUUGGGAUAUCUAUUUCCAAAUCUGAAGAGUCUUGUUCUCGCUGAGUGCCCAAUCAGAUCGCUCGCUCUAGAGGAAAAUCGGAAUUUGCCAUCCGAGAACGAUCGACGAGCGAAGGAAGAGGAUCAUGGGCAGGACAACGAAAACAUGAAUCAUUUAGAUGUAGAUGAGCACACGUCAUCGACGGAGGAAAAGGGAAAUAGGAUAUUCGAGAGCAAGGUCAACUACGAUAGAUCUGAGUCGGAGUCGGAAUCCAAUGGAACGACCAUCAAGUCACCCCACGAUCCCUUCAGGAUGCUGAGGUUCUUGAACGUGAACGGUACCCUGUUAUCGACCUGGGACGAGGUCGAGAGACUCGCCAGGUUCCCCGCACUCAAGUCGCUUAGGAUUCAAGGAUGUCCGCUUUUCGAGAGUCCUCGAGAAUACACGGAACACGAGAGGCGGCAGCUACUAAUAGCUCGAUUGCCAAACGUCGAGACUUUGAACGGCGGCGGCGUGAUAUCGUCUCAGGAACGCGAGGACGCCGAGAGGGCUUUUAUACGUUAUUAUAUGGACAAACCGGAAGCUGAUCGGCCUGAAAGAUAUUCCGAGCUCGUGGCUAUUCACGGAAAGUUGGACCCCUUGGUAAACGUGGAUUUGACACCGGAGAAAAGGGUCAAGGUCACGUUCACUUACGGAGAUCUCGUCGAGGUACGAUCGGUCGAUGUAUAUAGAACAGUAUUCGAAUUAAAAACCAAAUUGGAAAGUAUGGUGAAAAUUCCUGCCAACAGAAUGAGACUCUUCUACGUUGAUCAGGUAAUGAAAGCGCAAUACGGACCGGAAGAAAUGUUGUAUCCGAACAAGCAACUCUACCGAUACAACAUUAGAAACGGCGACGAGAUCAUCAUCGAUAGCAAAUUGAAUCGAUUCGCGUCUACGUCUUCAGCUACAUCUUCCAUUCGUUCCUGAAGAAAAUCGACACGUGAAUCGAGCGGUAUUGAAGAAAUCCAAUAACUCUUCGAGUUUUUUGAUCUCUUACUUAUUGCUUCGCGAUGCGAUUCGUUUGUUGCUGAAUUGUAAUGAUCCCAUCGAUACAGAUCGAUAGAGAAACAUCGGUUUUCAUAACCGCGUUUAUUAAUGUUGCAGAUCUGAUUUGUUAUAAUCGGCGAAGAGCAAUUCCACGUUCCCACGCAUGGAGAUAUAUGUGAACUAACAGUUUAGAAGAAUUGCAAAUGUUCGAUUUUAUAUCAUAUUGCAAAUAUUUCAGAAAUAAUAACUGACAUACAAUAAUCAUGAAUUGAUAUCAAGUGAAAUUUUUAGGACAUAAAGUAUCUCUUUAGAAACUAUAUAUUUUUCCGAAAAUCAUCAUCAUGAAUUAUCGCGAUCGAUCGCAUUUUGAUCGCAGCAAAGUCGUCUGACGUUGUUAUAUACAAUUAUUUAUCUAUAUAAAAAACUCAUCCAUCGUCUCUAGUAUGAACUUAACCGCUACUAACGAGUCUGGCAUAUUUAAAGAAUAAUUGUUUCCAGUGUAUACAUGUACACUUAGAUAAAAUAGAUGGUCGUCGAUUUGUAAGUUUUCUCUAAUGUAGAGUAUAAUUUUCGUCUAUUUUAGACGACAAAAUGUAAUGGGAAAGGAUUGUACAUAGUCAAUAUUUCAAUUUCCAACCAAAUUCGAUGUAGUUACGAUAUGCGAGCUUCAAGAGAGUUUAUCUUUUUAUUUAUCGACGCUCGACUUAGGGGACGAUAGGGAUUCGUAUAGGGAAAAAUAGUUCACUUGGAUUAUGUGACGUGUUCACGUAAUCGUAAUUAAUGCCAACACAACUGUAACGAGACACGUUGCUAUUGACGAAGAGAAUGAAAUAUUUUUGUAGAUCAAGGUCACAGUUUAGCUUUAAAGAAGUACUCGUUCGUGAACGCGUUUCGUUGCUCUUUGUCAAACACCGGGCAAUGAUAAAAGUGUUUAAACAGCACUCGCAGCUGUCGUUUCCGUCGCGCACGUAUUUCUAUAGAUAUGAAGAAUGCGUGCGAUCUUUUGCGAGGCUCAUUUGUGCGUAGAUAUAACAUGCGAGGGAAAUCUCGUGCUUCAGAUUAGUAGAAUAUAUCGCUGGUUCGCAAGUGUCAUUCACUUUUAUUGUAAUCUUAACUUUUGAAUGAUCUCUGUACUUUCUCUCAAGAUGAUACGUUUAUAUAAAAAUUUCUUUUUCUUAACUCUGCACGAAAUUAAAACAGCACAAGAGCGUCAUCAGUUUUCCUCGUCUUUUCCUGUCUAGAUGAUUUAAAAUUAGGAUAUUACAACAUUUAAUUCGAUAAAAUGUGAGAGAAAUUUGCGAAACCAUAUAAAAUUUAUGUAAAGUUGAAGCUCUGCGUUGCGUUAUCGAUAGUCUAUUCUCGGUAUGUACUUAAGUAUAAAUUACCCUCAAACAUUAUUUUUUUUUCCUUAAUUCUAUGGUGAACUAUAACGCAGUAUGAGUAAACUAUUGUACAUUAUUGCUUCGUCACAAAGUGAAUGGAGAUCAUAUAAUACAUGGAUAACUAUGAAUAGAAUCGUAAGAUAAAUUUCCAAUGUGAUUUUAUAAACAAAAGUUGCUUUAAGAAUUAAUAAUACGCUCAUAAUUUAGAAUUCUCAUCUCGAUUCUCAAAAGUAUGUUUUUCUCUCUGGAACGCUACAAAUAUAUCUCGUUGCAUUUACGGCUUAUCUCGAUUUAGGGCACAAGCGAGCUUGCGAAAAGAAAGUUACUAGAACGUUACGUUGCUUUGUUCUUUGAAUCCGGCGGUACUGCGCAAUAUAUUCAGCUACAAGCGUUAGAGAAAGAAAGCGGACAGUGUAUCGAAUUUCGGUCUUCAUAUAAAAGCAACGAAGCUUGAAGAGUCACUUAUGUCUGCCUUUUACGCGUACUAGGGUAACUCUGAUACUUCUAACACUGCCCUGUGAAUAUUAUAAAGCGUGAUUCAGAAUGUGUGACAAGGCUCUCUGUACAUAAAGAGAAGCAUUAAUCGAAUUCUCUUGCGACGAUGCGAUGCUAAUAAAAAGUAGCAUAAUUUGCCAAUAAUAAUCUUUGGUCAAUGAUUAAAGAAAUAUUCGCAACAUGUAUGUAGUAAAAGCAGAUUUUACUAUAUUAUUAUACAAAUUUGGUACUCUUCUAGUUUAGCAUAAAUUAUCAAGAAACUAAAAGUAUUUCAUUAAAUGGAUUCAAUAACGAAAGAAGACAUAGAUAUAAGAUAUAAGUAAUUUUGUUCAUGAUAAAAUCCAUUAAUAACAUACACAUGAUUUUCUUAUGAUUAUGAAUCUUGCUACUCGGAAAAUUCGAUUAGAUGUUUCUCGUAGAUGGAAAGAGUAUAGCAAGACGUUAACUGUCGGAUUCCAAUGCCAUUUGCAUCCUGCCUUCGCGAUAAUUGAUGCACACAAUCGAUUGUCGAUAUUAGCAAGAGACGGCGAAGAACGUAAGUGAAAAUCGAUCACGAAGGAAGGAUAAAGACCGCCUGGUAAAGGAAUCCCAUGCUGCAUGUGUCUAGUCUCGAAAAAAGGAACUUUGCAUUAUUCUCAUUUUAUAUAUAAUAAUAUGAUCCUUUUUUUGUGCUGGCGCAAAUGUACGUACUAACGAAAUAAAUCAUUUAUAUGACAAA